CCAAUGGGAACCCGCCUUCCUCUCGCGCGUCAUCGGUCUCCGGGCAGGAACGCCCCCGACCCUCCCCUCGCCCUUGGGCCGUGAAGGGUCCUUCCAGAAAUGGGCCAAUGGGGAUCGGCCUGGUCUCUCCGCGUCACCAGUCUCCGGGCAGCCUCGCCCUGGCCUUCCCGCCCGCGGGUCAUGUGACGGGCUGAGUGACCGUUGGGAAGGCCGAGGCCUGAGCCGGGAGCGAGGGGGGAGGGGCGGGGAGGGGCGGGGCCUGCCUUCUUCCUUCCUUCCUUCCUUCCUUCCUUCCUUCCUUCCUUCCUUCCUUCCUUCCUUCUCUCCGAGCCCGAGCCUGCGGCCUCGUCCUCCGCCUCGUCAGUCCUGAGGAAAUGUGAUUUUGGGCUGAGAAUUUCGGAGUAGAGCCUGUGGAGGGAUUUCUUUCCCUUGAAAGAAAGAAGAGGAGGAAAAACAUCUUGGAUACGGUUGGGUUCUUCACCAGAGUGGUUCCAGCAUGGAGAGACUCAACUCACAUGGGCCUGAAGCAGGACCUGGGGGCAGUGGGGGAUCCUGGGAAAGAACCAGACAUGAGUCCCUGAGUGUGGACCUUGACAGCUCGGACACACAGCGCCAGCGCUUCAGGCAGUCCUCCUACCAAGAGGGUGAAGGACCCAGAGGGGUUUGCAGUCGUCUCCACGAUCUGUGCCGCCAGUGGCUGAAGCCAGAGCAGCACACCAAGGCCGAGGUGCUGGACCUGGUGACCCUGGAGCAGUUCCUGAGCAUCCUGCCCCCAGAGAUGGGGAGCUGGGUCCGAGAGUGUGGGGCAGAGACCUGUUCCCAGGCGGUGGCCCUGGCGGAAGGCUUCCUCCUGAGUCGGGCCGAGGACAAGGAGCAGGAAGGACAGGCCCAUAACAAUAACUCCAUGGAAGUCCCUGCACCAGAGGAAUCUCCACCAGACACCACCCAGAGUCUCAGGCAGAAGGAGCUGAAGCGGGAAGGAGACGGGGCUGCCGCCUUGCAGGGGUCUGGAAUGAUGCUGUUGCCGAAUCCUCAGCCGUUUCUCCCCCUUUGCGAUGGAGUGGGACUGAGUCAGGUAAGCAGAAGGAUUCCUGGGAGAGGAGGACUGGGCCUGCCGGGGUGCCUUUGGUUCCAGGAUUAAUGGCCAAAUAUCUGUUGAAACAGACAAGAUGGAAUGCAUUUCCUUAGAAGUGAAAUACGGAAGGUACAAUUGCAAACCGUGCCAACAAGGAGGGAAAAAAUGAAGAGAGAACUAAAGAAACCAGAAUCGAUGUUCAAAGAAAUUUCAACGGAGCUAUGAUUGAAAAGGGACAUGUACAGGAAAUGGAAAGGGGGGGGGGGGAUCACCAAGGAAUGUAAACAACUAAUCAGCAUAAGUAGGGAAAAAGUCUAACUCAGAAAAUGAGGUCAGAUGAAAAAAUGUGCCAAGAGUAGGGUCUGUGCCUGGAGAAGGUGGUGGAAUGCUAACCGGGGAUAGGCAAGAGUUAGAACAUGAUCUCCCAAAAGGAAAUGGGUAUUCUACCUGAGCAAGAUGGAGCAACUGGGGAAAUGCAACCCAAAAUGGGUAAAGAAGUGGUCCAGGAAUACCUGGCCACUCUCGAUGAAUCCCAGUCUCCAGGGCCAGGUGAACUACAGCCAAGGGUAUUGAACUAACAGCAGUAAUCCCAGAACCACUGUCAAUCCUCUUUGUUCAUUUUUGGGAACAGGAGAAGUCCCAGCAGGCUGGAGGAGGCAAAAGUUGUCUCUGUCUCCAAGAAUGGACCAAAAAGAGGUCCCCUAACAAUGACCAUCCAGUUAUCUUGACUUGUCCCAUAAGCAGUUGGAGCAGCUGUUUAGACUCCCGAAUGUUUAUGAGGAGGAGAUCGUUUGAUGUGGAUCGAUAAUAGUUAUAGAGGGAGCGGAUCUGUUUGUUUGCUAUUAUGCACUCUUUAUCGAACCAAUUUUUGGAUCUGACCCUGGGUUGCCUCGGCAUUCUUUGCCAAUCGUAUAGUUUUUAAAAGAUAGGUUUUAUAAGGGAUUCAAACCCGGUGAUGCCUCCUCGAAAUCUGGGAUUUCAAUGAUCAUAGUUUCUAUGGACAACACUUCCUAAGAGUUCAAGAUAUCCAGGCACACCCCUUUUGUCUUAACGUUCCGCUUCAGCCUGGUGUAUUGUGGGUAGGCUUGUCCAGGUGGGGAAGUGCUGCUUCUCUCCAAAACCAGGAGAAGUGGGAGAUAGAUGAUCACUAAGCAAGGAAUUGUCUAUAGCAAAUGAAUCAAUGUCGCUAGCUAUGGAGGGUGAAGUCAGAAGAUAGUCUAUGACACCAGAGCCCCUUGGUGAGACCAAUGUAUAUUCUCCAGAGUUAGGAAACUGAGUAAGUUCAUUUAGCCGGGACAGGUUGAGCUGCGUGGCUAUUUCGGUUAGGCACUUUCCGGCUUAGUUUCACGCUUGAUCCUUAACGUGUCGAGCUUCUGGUGUCAGGAGAGAGUUGAAGGGAUCUUCAUCCAGGCCCUCUUCUCCCAACACAUUUACCAAACUAGACCCUACCCUUGCAUUGAAGUUGCCCGUUAUCUUGACCUAAAUAACAGGAGAAAUGUUGGAGCAGAUCAUGAUGAAGGCCGUCUGGAAUCACUUGGGAAAAGUGCUGUAAUCACUGAAGGACAAGAUGAGUUUCUCCAAAACAAGUCAUGCCAGACUAAUGUGUUUUUCAGUAGAGUUACACGCUUGGUAGAUGAAGGAAAGGCAGUGGACGUAGCACAUCUUGCUUUCAGUAAGACCUCUGGAAAGGCCUCCCAUGAUUUUACAAACAACUAGUAAAAGGUGGGCUGCAUAAUACUCCUGUUAGGUGGAUUUGUAAUGGUUUGAGCGACAAAGGGUGGAGUGCCGCAGGGUUCUGUCCUGGGCCCAGUACUGCUCAACAUGCGUAUCAUAUUUUCAGAUGACACCAGAUUAGCAGGGAUAGCUGACAGUCUAGAAGAUAGGAUCAGAAUUCAAAAUGGCCUGAACAUGGUGGAGAGCUGGGCCAAAACUAACCCAAUUAAUGUCAACAAGAAUAUAUGUAGAGUUGUACACUUAGGAAUGAUAAAAAUGCCAUGCACAGGUACAGGAUGGGCGACACCUAGCUUGACAGUCAUUCAUAUGAUGGGAUCUUGGAGUGUUAGAGGACUACAAGUGGAACAUGAGCCAACAAUGUGAGGCAGCAACUGAAAGGACUAUGGGAUUUUGGGCUGCGUCCCAAGGAAUAUCGUGUCUAGAUUGAGGUGACCUUCUUUCUGCUAUGGCGAGACCUCACCUGGAAUAAUACUGUGUCCAGUUCUGGGCAUCACAAUAAUAGCUGGAACAUGCUCAGAUUCCGUUUCUGAUUCUACGUAUCAAUUAAGAAAUGGUUUUGACUGUGACCAACCCGUCGUCUCUACAAAGCUUACAACUGUGGCAUGGAGGCCUUGGCCCUUUCCCUUCCAAACAACCGCAGGAAUGUAAAUCUGCUUUAAAGAUUUUCUUGUAAUUCUUUUCCUUGAUCGCUCUCAUGUGAGAAGGGAAUCUUUUCUUCUUCCGCCAGGGCCCAAUCGCCUUUGAGGACGUGGCUGUGGAUUUCUCCCUGGAGGAGUGGGUUCUCCUGAAUCCGGACCAGAA